GAGCCGUCUUGUUCGGAUUGGGAGAAUGAGAACCUGAGAGAAGCAACACUGACAGAUAUUUCCAUCUCUGUGUGGGGAAGAGAAAACAGACUGUUCUCCUGAUCCACAGCCUGACCAAUGAUCUUUCAACUGUGGGGUAUUUAUCCUGACAAUGUGACAGCAACUUUCAUGGUUCACAGGUGGAGGCCAAUGGCUGAUACCGGUCCCAUACAUAAAUUAGCGCAAAGAUGCCAUCCCAGUUGGAACACGCUAUGGAAACCGCGAUGUUUACUUUUCACAAAUACGCAGGGGACAAGAACUAUCUAACAAAAGAAGAUCUCCGGCAGCUGAUGGAGAAGGAGGUCCCGGGGUAUAUGGAAAACCAGAAAGAUCCAAUGGCAAUUGACCGGAUCAUGAAGAACCUGGAAGAGUGCCGGGAUGGCAAAGUCAACUUUGAGGGGUACCUCUCUCUCUUUGCGGGGCUGACCAACGGAUGCAACGAGUACUACGUGAAAAAGAUGAAGCCCUCAGGGAAGAAGUACUGAUGAGAUGGAGGUGCGCAAUCUCACUAGUGGAGCACUGAUGGCACGUUUUGGAGCAACCGUGUUGCCACCGUGAUACCGAUAAUCCCGAAAGAGCCUGCCUGGCUAACCCUUCUGCCUGGCUAACCCUUCUGCCUAGCUAGCUGUUUCUGCUUUGAAAAAUGUCACAUUGUGCAUUCCAGCCUAAUGAUCCAACUUUGCAUUUAAUCUGGACCCUAACAAUCAACAACCUCUCAUUCCUCCAUCCUUUCCUUGAAAUCCCCAAAUCCCUUUCCCAUGCUGUAUCCUCUACUCGGCCGUGAAAUAAACCAUUUUUCUUUUUAAAAUCA